UUUAUUAUAUAAAUAUAAAAAUAUAAAAGUAUAAAAUCCCACAAAGAAAAGGAAGGGAAGAAUCUUGAUCGAGACUAUUAUACAACCUUACCAGUUACAACCCUGUCUGUCUCUCUGUCUGUCUUCUCAUCCACGCCACAUAAAUACUCCCCUCCGAUCGCCGUUUAAUUCUUACCCCCCACAAAUUUACUGUUUUCAAUCACAUUUUUUUAAAUAUCACCUGGGUUGGUUCAACCGUUUAAGGAUACAAGGCGUAGGCACUUGAUGGAGACAAGAUCUAUCUUGUUGCUGUAAUUAAACCAAUAUUUGACCUUUUUAACAAUUAGGAUGGCUGUUUCUAAGAAGACCGCCUUGGCGUUCAAGUCCUAUCAGAACCAGGCUCAGGUGCUGGUUAAGACGUACCUUUUGGCAGAUGCUUUUAUGCCUUAUACGUCUGUUCUUGGUGGCGUUUUUGCUUCCAAAAUGGUUUAUGAUCUUACACAGCUAAUUAGCACUUUCUACUUCAGAACCUAUGCCGGCCUUACAAAAAUUCAGCGGAUUGAAUGGAACAACCGGGGUAUGUCCUCUGUUCAUGCGAUUUUCAUUACAGCAAUGUCUUUGUACUUUGUGUUCUGGUCAGAUCUUUAUUCUGAUCAGUCUACUGCUGGUCCUGUUACUUUUCGGAGCUCACCACUCUCGACCUUUGCAUUGGGGGUUUCUGUUGGCUACUUCUUAUCAGACCUUGGAAUGAUUUUUUGGCUAUAUCCUGCAUUAGGUGGUUUAGAAUACGUUGUUCAUCACACGCUAUCAGCAAUUGCAGUAGGAUAUUCCAUGUUUACAGGGGAAGGACAGCUUUACACAUUUAUGGUACUUAUAUCGGAAUUGACAACACCAGAGAUCAACUUGAGAUGGUACCUGGAUACAGCUGGUCUAAAAAAGUCGAAUGCAUAUCUUAUUAAUGGCGUGGUGAUAUUUUUUGCGUGGAUGGUGGCUAGAAUUUUGCUGUUUGCCUACAUGUUUUACCAUGUGUAUUUGCACUACCACAUGGUGAUUCAAAUGCAUCCAUUUGGGUUCUUUUUAGUAUUUGUAGUUCCAUCGGUUCUAGGUGCAAUGAACUUGAUGUGGUUUGGGAAGAUUGUGAAGGGAAUGAUGAAGACUUUGGCAAAAAGGCAGUAAUUUCUAAUACAAAUGCAUAGUUCAUGUGAAUUUAUCUCACGUUGGUGUAUAAAGUGGUAGGAGAAAGAGAAAACGAGAGAAGUUUAUGGGCAAAGUAGCAAUGACACGGGAAGUCUUGUAAAUCAUUUGGUUGGGGUUAGGAUGCAAUGGUCGAGAAUGAUUUAUAUUCUCUCUUCUUUCAAUCUGGGAAAAAAACUCCAAAAAGGAUCCUGUGUAUAAUAGGUCUUGACUGCAUCACACUGGUAUGCCAUUUUGCAGGUUAUCAACAUCUUAAUUUGUUGCAAUAUACCUGGAUAAUUUUGAUUUAACAUAUGUUCAUCAUUUAAAGUGUAUGCUGUAAGUAUUCAAAUUGUGACCUUGUGAACUCCAAUCACUUUAUUUCAGUUUUUUUUACAUGUAAUAUGUUUCACAAA